AUGUUGCGUCUGCGCCGAACUAGUCGAAAACUGUUUGGAGGCGAUCGAGCGCUUGAUCGUGAUACUGAACCUGUGAUACGGCACAAGAGUACACCUGCGCGUCGAGCACGAAGACUUUUUAGCCGUCGUACUGCUAGCGAACCGGAUUUGGGAAGAGCCUCUAAGAAUGGAAUGGCAGAUACAAUCAGCAAAGCUUUUGAGGCGAUCUCAGAAGGGGACCUUCCGCAAGUAUCCGAGAAAUGGACUUACAUGAGUCAAGCAAAAAGUUUGGACCUCAUGAAGACCCGAGCCAGUCAAGUUAAGCCUUUUGUGGAAAAUGCGCUACGAAAACGUCCAAUCGGGUUGGCCCUAGAAUUUCGCCAAAUGAAGAGAUACAAUGAUUUUACCAAAAUGAAGGCUUUUCUAAAAUUCAAUAAAAUCGGAAAGAACCGCUACAAGGACGUUGGUUGCCUCGAUAGCAGUCGCGUUGAGAUUACGUUCGGUCCAUGCAGCUACAUUCACGCUAACUAUGUGUCCACUCCAAAAAAUCCGAAAAAGUUUAUAUGCACCCAGGCACCGCUGAAAGCUACCUGCUCAGAGUUUUGGUGUAUGAUUGUGCAAGAGCAAACCGAAGUGAUAUUAAUGCUAUGCAACUUUAUAGAGCAGAAAUCCAGCAAAUGUGCCAAUUAUUAUCCCCUAGAAGAAAACGAUUCCCUCUCGUUUGAAGAUAAUGUCAACGUAGUAAACAAAGGUCGAGAAGAGUUCACUUUUCCGUUUGACACGAAGAUAAAAAUCGAAGUGACAAAUCUUGAGGUGACAGUUGAAGGUCAUCCACCGCGUUCAGUCAAACAUUACCACUGGGUCGAUUGGCCUGAUAGAGGUGUUCCACCCGCAGACUUGGCUCCAAUGUACUUACUCUACAAAAUGGAGGAAAUCAAAACACCCAUUGUUAUUCAUUGUUCUGCCGGCAUAGGAAGAACGGGUUGUAUGGUACUCAUACAAACGGCUAUGGACACUCUACAAGAAGGUCGUGAGCUUGAAGACAUGGGAAAAUACCUGAAAGCUGUAAGAACGCAAAGAAACAACAGCAUACAGAAUGACCAACAGUACUUGUUUGUACAUCAAGUUCUACUCAAUUUCCUGCGCAUUGGUGGAUGGUUACCUAAAACUUUGGACCCGCAUCUCCAAAGCUUUACCGAGGAGUAUACAAAAAUGACCAGAGGAUUUUAA